AGGGCUAUAAAAUCCUUGCACCAUGCUUGCAGAGAUCAUCGAACAGGCAUGGCAUCCAUAAUCACUCCCUGGAUUUUCUUCAUUCAAAUCUUAGCUAUCGCUUCUAGUUCCGAAGCUAAAGUGUCGGCUGUCAUCGCCUUCGGAGACUCAUUCGUUGAUACCGGCAACAACAAUUACAUCCCAACACUCGCCAAGAGCAAUUUCGAUCCUUACGGCCGUGAUUUUCCCGGCGGCACCCCUACGGGACGAUUCUGCAAUGGCCGACUUCAUCCGGACUUCAUUUCUGAGGGCUUCGGGCUGAAACCUAUUAUCCCUGCCUACUUGGAUCCCAAGUUUAGCAUCUCGGACUUUGCCACCGGUGUUUCCUUCGGUUCUGCUUCAACCGGCUAUGACAAUGCCACGUCCGAUUUACUGAAAGUGAUUCCUCUGUGGAAAGAAGUGGAGUACUACAAGGAGUAUCAAGAGAAACUCCGAGCUCACCUGGGUGACAAGAAGGCGAAUGAGGUGAUUUCCGGCGCCCUAUAUUUGAUCAACAUCGGAACCAACGACUUCAUCCUAAACUACUUCGGCGUUCCUCGAAGAAGGUCCCAUUUCACCGUUCAACAAUACCAGGAUUUCCUCAUCGGCAUUGCCGAAAAUUUCGUUAAGCAGAUUUACAGCCUGGGAGCUCGGAAGUUGUCCCUGAUCAGCCUCCUGCCGCUCGGGUGUUUUCCGGUGGAGAGGACGAUGAACAUAAAAAAGCCUCUCGACUGCUUGGAGGACCGCAACAAAGCUGCAUUGGAAUUCAAUGGCAAGUUAAAAGCUGCGGUGGCUAAGCUCAGCAAGAACCUCCCCGGGUUAAAAGUGUUCUUCGCCGAUGCUUAUGAGUUGCUUUUCCAGCUCAUCACAAGACCCUCGAACUACGGUUUCGAGGUUGUAGAAAAAGGGUGUUGCGGAACAGGGUUGUUGGAGACGGCGGUGCUGUGCAACCCGCACACUCCGUUCACAUGUCCGGACGCAGAAAAGUAUGUGUUUUGGGAUUCAAUUCAUCCCUCGCAAAGAACAAAUAAAAUAGUAGCAGAUGAGUUACUUCCACUCCUCAAACAACAGUUUCUGUGAUUCUUUCCGACAAUUUGGGACGAUAUAUAUAGAAAUCGAAAACCAUGUGAACGUCGAAUUCACUAGAUGCAAUAAAUUUGGAGUGUAACUCAUAAGUAAGUAUUUUUUGUUAAAAACAACGUGGGUUUUUUUUACUAAAAUUAAAUGAUUUUGUCCACUUUGUAGUUGUGGACUAUCCUAUCCAUAACGAUAGUAUGUCUAUUUGUUUUGAUUUGGGCCAG